GGCACCGUCGCCCACGAGAUCGGCCACUCCCUGGGCUGGUACCACGAGCAGUCCCGCCCCGACAGAGACCUCUUCGUCCACGUCAACUCGCAGAAUGUCCAGUCGGGCAGGCUCGGCAACUUCCACAAGCAGUCUGACACCGAGGUCAACAACCAGAACGUGCCUUAUGACCUGAGGAGCGUCAUGCACUACGGAGGAACGUACUUCAGCAUAAACGAGCACCUCACCCUGGCAACAGUGGACCCACGUGACCAAGGACUCAUCGGCAAACGCGUCGGCUUCUCACACAUGGAUAUUCUGAUCGCCAACCGGAUGUAUCACUGCAUCGACAAAUGGCUCGAGAACUGUGGCUUGACCGCUGAUCCCUGCCAGAACAACGGCUUCACGGGGGAGUCCUGCACCUGCGUGUGUCCUGAGGGAACGACGGGUACAAACUGCGAGACUGUCACCGGCGAUUACCACGCUGCCUACCGAAGUGCCUGCAACGAGCUCAUCACCUCCCCAACGACCAUUAGUUCUCCUAAUUAUCCUAACAAAUAUCCUGCAGGCGUGACGUGUGCCAAGUGGAUCAAAGCCCCAGAGAACAUGAUUCCGAAGGUCACGUUCACCGAUUUCAGAUUAACAGCCUGCGCCAAUAAGUGGGAUUUCUUGGAGAUUCGGACCAACGAUCUCUUCGAUGGAGAUUUCUACUGCGAAAACCAAAUCGCCGCCGGCACCUCUUUCGUUGGGACGAGCAGAGAGCUAAUCCUCAUGUUCUAUACCCGAUCCAACCGCGGAUAUGGGUGGGAAGCGGAUGUCACUUUCUUCGACCCUUCGACAACGACUACCACAACUCCAGAGCCUACAACGACUACCACAACUCCAGAGCCUACAACGACUACAACUCCAGAGCCUACAACGACUACCACAACUCCAGAGCCUACAACGACUACCACAACUCCAGAACCUACAACGACUACCACAACUCCAGAGCCUACAACGACUACACAACUCCGAACCACAACUACUACCACACUCCAGAAGCCUACAACGACUACCACAACUCCAGAGCCUACAACGACUACCACAACUCCGAACCCACAACUACACAACUCCAGAGCCUACAACGGCCUACAACGAGACCUACCACAACUCCAGAGCCUACAACAACUCCAGAGCCUACAACGAGCCACAACGACUACCACAACUCCAGAGCCUACAACGACUACCACAACUCCAGAGCCUACAACGACUACCACAACUCCCGAACCCACAACUACUACCACAACUCCAGAGCCUACAACGACUACCACAACUCCCGAACCCACAACUACUACCACAACUCCAGAGCCUACAACGACUACCACAACUCCAGAGCCUACAACUACCACAACUCCCGAACCCACAACUACUACCACAACUCCCGAACCCACAACUACUACCACAACUCCAGAGCCUACAACGACAGCUCCAGAAAUAACAACUACCGGCCCUACCAAUGACAAUGCAAGUUGCACACUUUACAGUUUCGACGACAAAGUAGACUGGACCUCCCCAUACUUUGGUGUUGCUGAUUAUCCAAACGAUUUCAAGUGUGGCAUCGUGGGCUACUACGACGGACCACUGAUGGCAAAGUACACGUUUAAUACUUUCCAACUGGAGGGCAAGUCGCGGAGAAGAAACGAACUGUGCCAUGACUACGUCGACAUUCCGAUACCUUAUAGUAGAUCCAUGAGGUUCUGUGGGAGCCAAACGGGGUAUCAAAACGUACCCAACUUCCGGUUCUCUACCGAAUUCGUGACCGAUUCCUCCAUCACUGACGUCGGGUAUAACAUUAGCAUCAGCUGGGAAAUAACGGACUGUCACACUGUUAUCCAACUCUCGAAAAAAGACUCGAGGGGGACCAUCUCGAGCCCCAACUACCCAAGUGACUACCCCGAUCAGGCAGCGUGCGAGUGGUGGAUUGUGGCUCCAGCAGGCAAGAAAGUGACCUUGCAGUUCAGAGACGUGCAAGUCAAUAACCCCGACUGCGAGGCCUUUUACAUCGCGGUUGACAGGUCCGGCAGCGGCAACUACCUCCCCGAGAACAGCGACUUGUGA